AUGGACCAGCGACCCAAUCAUCAAGCCCGGGACAAGCGGUUUCUUGCCGGUGUGCAAAUGGGAGUUGGUGCUUUGGACGAUAUGGCUGACAUCAUCGAAGUUCAUGAACUUGAAGGGCUGCAGCGCGAACAUGACGAUGUUGCUCAAAUGGCGGAAAAUUUGGGUCAGGAAAUGACAAUAUCGAAACUAUCAAUCAAUUCAGAACGAAGACGCUCGUAUUCGCGAAUUGUGGGAGGAAAUGAGGGUGUUGGAGGGGCAACAACGGAACUUGGAGCAGGCUCUCCAAAAGAUUUGAGACGGUUUCGAGGAAGCUCAGCGUGUUUUCCAGGAGGAUCGUCACUGGUUUCAACAAAUACGACGCAAAUUGGAAGCCCUGCGCCGCAACACGGCUCUUGCUCGCAAUCGUCGAGAUCCACAGCUGCAGAUGGUCGAAGCUCAACGUCGUCAGCGGCGUCUUCAGAACCCAAAUCAGCGCCGACAGGCUGGACAGGUAAGCCAAAAACAUUUUAUUGUUGA